UCCCCUUUAAGGCUCUCCACUUAAAGGGAUGAUAAGGCCGCUGGAAUGAGGCGCUAUGGGGGAUGGGAAGGAGCUAAAGAUGGCUGAGCUGCUACAAGCGAGGUGUACUUCAGUUGGCUGAAAGUUUGCCGGAGCGGACUGGACCGGACGGGGCGGCCCGGCCUCGGUGUUCUGUGCGGCGGGGGAAGGGUAUUUCAUGUUGGAGAGAGACCAGUUUCCGAGCGGGAGCACUAUGAAUAAUCACUCUGCUACACAGGUAGAACUGUUCAACAGAUUGGAGAGUGAGGACAGUGUGAAGGUGAAGUCGUGUUCUACAAAUACUGAAGUUUGCUCAAAGUCUUCACCAUUCAAUUGCCAAAUGGUGAUGAGUACUUCUGUACAAAGCCUUCAUGAUGGAAUGGCAAUGAAAAUUGGAAGCUUGCAAAAGUUAGAAGGGUCGGAUAACCCAACAUUAACAGUCAAAGAAGAGAUUGAUGACCUUGAAUAUUAUCAGGAGCAACCGGUGUCUAGUAUGGAACUCAAAUGUAGUAUUUGUUCUGAAACUUUUCCUUAUGUUUCAGAGCUGAUGUUCCAUGAACAGCUCCAUAAUGGCAGCAGUCGCUUUGAAUGCCAGCUCUGCGGUCAGAAGUUCCAGAGCUCUUCCAAUCUGAAAGAUCAUUAUAAUGCCCACACAGGUGAACGACCUUAUAAGUGUGAGUUAUGUGCCAAAGCCUUUACACAAUCUUCUUCUUUAUUGGCUCAUAAACGUACUCAUACAAUGGAAAAGCCAUACAAGUGCGAAGUAUGUGGAAGACUCUUUAAAGAUGCUUCUAAUUUUAUAAAACAUAGACGUCUUCAUGGUGAAACACUAGAUUUAGCUCAACAAAUGCAAGCAGGUGGUCUACUCCUGAACGAAAAGCCCUAUGCUUGUACAUACUGUGAUAAAGCCUUCAAGCGUACUUCUGAUUUGAAAGACCAUGAGCGUGUCCACACUGGGGAAAGACCUUACCGCUGUAGAAUAUGUCAGAAGUGUUUCACUCAGUCUUCAGUGUUAACUGGGCAUAUGCGCAUACACACUGGGGAACGCCCAUUUCACUGUAAUGUAUGUGGCAAAACCUUUAACAACUCUUCCAAUUUUAAAAAGCACCAGCGUACCCAUUCCAUGAAGGACAUCCUUGCAAAGGUUAAAGUAGAAAAUGGCUUGUCUCCCGAAAAGCAGCCACUUCAAAGUAAAAAUGGUAUGGCCUUUCCAAAGGGCAUUGGCGCCAUCCUGUGCAGCAACAGCUUGAGUAAUGACCUCCAUCCAAGAACAUUACCCAAAAUGAUGCUGGAUGAUGACGACUGCAAGGUCGUACUGGAAAAAGGCCCCAUUGAAGUGAAUGGAAACAAAGUAUUAGGUGUGGAUGUUUUGCAGUCGUCCUGUGCAGGAAUGACUAGCGCCAUGAAAGACAAAGAUGCAGCAUUUUCCAAAAUGACAGAAACGAAUACAAAAGAGGUGGUGCUUAUUGAGGAUGAUGUCAUUUUAGAUUCAGACAGCUCAGUCUCAAAUAUUGAUGCUGAAGCCAAAGAAAAAGCAUGUAAAGAUAAUUUGGAAAAAUGCAUCCAGCCAAAACUGACAAAGGCUAUAGAUUAUGGAUAUAACACUACUUCAUUUAAAGUUGAAAAAGUACAACAUGGUUCAAAAGAGCACGAGAUAUAUGUGGAAAUAUCAGAUGAUAGCACUACUGAUGAUGAUGAUGAGGAUAAUGUUGUUCCUGCCAAAAGUUUAUUUCAGUGCCAGAAUCAAGGUCUCAUCAAUCCAGCAGAUAUAAAAUUAGAGUAUUCUCACUCUCUAGAAGAGGAAAUGACUUGUGUUGAGGACCCUACACCGAAUGUAAGAAACGCUCAGAAUUUAAAAGCUGGUAUUUGCAGUGUUGCAGACCUAGCAGAAUCCGAUGAAAUGUUUUUUGAAAGAUCCAUGCAGUGUUGGGAUUCCCAGAUGGAUGACUCUCUCGAUGACCAAGAUGACAUGCAGUUUUUGGAGAUGGAUCCCAAACCAUACAUUUGUUUUGUAUGUGAUAAACGGUUUAAAAGGGCUACGGAUUUAAAGGAACAUUUGAGGGUCCACACAGGGGAACGACCUUUUGUGUGCCAAGUUUGUGGUAAGGGUUUCACACAGUCAUCGGCCCUGUCUAGCCAUCAACGCAUCCACACCGGUGAAAAGCCUUUUCAGUGUGACAUAUGCUAUAAAAGGUUUAAUAAUUCUUCCAACUUUUCUAAGCAUAAGCGAGUUCACACAGGAGAACGACCUCACAACUGUCCACUCUGCGGAAAGAGCUUUCAGGAAAAGCGCCGAGUAAAGCGACAUAUGAAAUCUGUUCAUCAUGUCCAAGAGUGAGACCGUAACCUGUUUACACACUUACUGACUGUUAUACAAAAUGUAUAAAUUGGACAGUGCUGUAUUAUGAACUAUUGUAGCAC